AUGAAAAUAAAUAAAUAAAAAGGCAGACUUAAAAGAGAAUAGCAAGUUGCUUCAAUCUGAAACAAUGGAUACCCAAAAAAGAUUAACGCAACAUCCUCAAGCAACCACCGAUAUCACCAUCACCAACACCAACACCAACAUCAACUUCAUUACUACUGCUGCUGCUACCACUAUUACUACUUCCUAACCAUAAGAUAUCUUAUUGUUAUAGCAAAUAGGGGGAGAGAGUGAUAGACAGAGAGAGAGAGAGAGGGGGGGAUGGAGGAAUUUGUGGUGCAUAAUCUUUUCAGUGGCGGAAGAGAAGCACAGAUUCAGGCUGCUAAUGAUCUUGGUAAAUUUAGCAGCAAGCAGAGGCACAAGUUGGUCGAAAGAGGAAUUAUUUCGCCUCUGGUUGCAAUGCUUCAGUCUCAAGAUUGUGAAGCCAUAGAAGCUGCUCUCUUUGCUUUGCUUAGCCUUGCAUUUGGCAGUGAACGGAACAAGAUUCGGAUAGUCAAAUCAGGAGUUGUGCCCGUGUUGUUAGAGCUCUUGGACUGCCCAAACGAGACACUGCUUGAGCUGGUAAUAGCUGCUCUGCUAAUCCUCUCUUCUUGUGCGCCAAACAAGCUGGCAAUUACUUCUCUCGGUGCUAUCCCACUCAUUAUUGGAGUCCUUAAUCAAGAUUAUGCAGAUGAUGAUGCCGCCACAAGCUGCAUUAGCAUGCAAGCCAAGCUUGAUGCUAUAGCAACUCUCCACAAUCUCUCAACUUGCCAGCAGAUUAUUCCAUCGAUUGUCUCUUCUGGAACAGUUUUUAUACUGCUCCAAAUAAUUCACAGCUAUGAAAAAUCAUCGCAGUUGGUAGAGAAAGCGAUGGCACUGCUAGAAAACAUCAUUACUUUAUCAGAGACUGCGCUUCUUCAAACCGCCACUACAGGAGGUGCAAUUCGGGCAUUGGUUGAGAAUAUUGAAGAGGGUUCCCCCCAAUGCAAAGAGCAUGCCGUGGUAAUUCUCCUUCUAAUAUGCCAGAGUUGCAGAGAUAAAUACAGAGGAUUAAUUUUAAGGGAAGGUGUAAUGCCAGGAUUGCUUCAGUUAAGUGUGGAUGGAACAUGGAGGGCUAAAGAUACAGCUCAAGAACUGUUAUUGCUCUUGAGGGAUUAUUCAGGUUAUGGCACAAGAGGGAAACAAUCGAAACAUGAACUCGUGGAGCAGAUUAUGCAGGAAAUCGAUGCAGAAGGAGAGACAAUCAGGGAAACAACAACACUUAGGCUGGUGGAGGAAAUGAUUGCAAAGCUCAAUACAUGAUCCACCAAAUGGUUAGUGGAGGUUUUGAUGUAGGGGUGCCCACUUAAAGGUAGGCAUAAUGUGUAUAUAAUGCUUGGGCAUGGGAUUCUUUUUGCUAAUAUUGGGUACCUUUCGACCUCGCUGAUCGGGUCCUAGUCUUUUGUAAGGAUGAUAGUCGUUUACUAUGUAGUUGCAUCAGUAUUAGCUCAUGAAGCAUUUGGAACUCUGAAGGCUUUCACACCCAAAGUAAGUUGCCAUGGUUGCCUUUGUCAGGUACAAUAUAAUACGCAAGGAGGAAACAAAAACGGAAUGCUAUUUUCGACUGGUGAAACACAUUAAACAGUUACCAGGUCAAAAAGGACACCUUGCACAUGCAGCUGGCAACUGAAUCAGAUAUUUAACCGCUUGCCAAAAACAACAGUAAAAAGAGAGACGGGAGAAGUUAAUAUAGUUAGGCAACAGUGUCCAGCUAAAACUCAACUGCUAAAAACAUCAAUACUCAAUAAGAACCCAUUCUGAAUAUUAACCAUCUGCACUCGCAUACAGGCAAAAUACAAACGUACAUGCAUUCUCACCUUUUGUCUUAAAUUACAAAGCAUUUCAGUCUCUUUCAUUUUCAACUUCUGUUCUCAGCAUCGAAGUUCUGCUUUGCUGUCCUGUCCUGGAUACAACAAACUACCAAUUUCUCAGGCAAUAUUUGCACGGGCAAAGCAAUAUUUGUCAGAGGAUCAGAACAGUUACAACAAUAAACCAGUCACUGAAUUUAACAAAGCAUCAUCAGUUAUCACCACAAUUUGCAACAUUAGCAUGAACCACUCAUCGACUUUUGUGUCACUCUAGUAACAACAUAAUUUCCAAAAAUCAUGAAAAGAGAGAGUUGGGCCGUGUUUCAUCUGUAAUUGGCUAAAAUUUGAUGAUAUAUUUC